AUGGUCUCGUUCAAGGCUCUUCUCCUCGGCGCCACCGGCGUUCUCGCCUUCCCCUUCAACGCCACCGAGUUCAGCGAGCUCGUCGCCCGCGCUGGCACCCCCAGCAGCACCGGCACGCACAACGGCUUCUACUACUCCUUCUGGACCGACAAUGGCGGCACCGUGAAUUACCAGAACGGCGCUGGCGGUUCUUACAGCGUCCAGUGGCAGAACUGCGGCAACUUUGUCGGCGGCAAGGGCUGGUAUCCCGGUGCCGAGCGGACCAUCACCUACUCUGGCAGCUUCAACCCGCAGGGCAACGGCUACCUGGCCAUCUACGGGUGGACGCGGAACCCGCUGGUCGAGUACUACAUUGUCGAGUCAUUCGGCAACUACGACCCCUCGUCGCAGGCGUCCAAGCUGGGCACAGUCCAGUCCGACGGUGGCACCUAUACGAUCGCCAAGAGCACGCGUGUCAACCAGCCGUCCAUCGAGGGCACCCGCACCUUUGACCAGUACUGGUCGGUGCGGCAGAGCAAGCGUGUGGGUGGUACCGUCAACGUGGGCAACCACUUCCGCGCCUGGCAGUCCAAGGGCCUGCGCCUCGGUUCGCACGACUACCAGAUUGUGGCUACUGAGGGUUAUCAGAGCAGCGGUUCUGCUUCCAUCACCGUCUCG